GCAGCUGAUGCUCCUCUCUGCUGUUGACUCUCUAACCCCGCCCGCUCGGGGCGCAUAGGGACAUCGAACCAAACAGGCAGGAGGAGGAGGAGAUCCUCAACUUGGGCUGAGGAGCCGGUGCAGCUCCCGGUGCGGUGCAGUCACACACAGCUCUCCACCGGACCGGUAUGCACUACCCGCGGAGGAGGAAGUAAGCUAACGACCGAGAAAGAUGCAGGCGGAGGACAUGGAGGUACCUAUCAUUAAUAAUCUUGACGAUAACGGCGACAGACAGAGGCCGAUAGGGAAAGAUGUGUUCAAGGUUCAGCAGAAGGAGUCGGAGAGCUCCAUGGAGUCACCCAACCUAGAGUUUGAGUACGGAGACACAGACACACUGACUGCUGAGCUUUCAGAGCUCUACAGUUACACAGAGGAGCCAGAGUUUGCCCUGAACAGAGAUUACUUUGAGGAGGACUUCAGGAGCCAUGCUCGAGGCAGGAGGUGGACCGAGUUGACGCUGGAGGAGCAGAGGACGUAUGUGAUGAGGCUGCUGGAUGCGCUGGAGGUGACGGACCGAGACAAGAGGCUGAAGGUGGCCAGGGCCAUCCUCUACUUGGCUCAGGGAGUGUUUGAUGAGUGUGACACAGAGGUGGAUGUUCUCCACUGGUCCAGACACAAUGUCUUCCUGCUCUACAACAUGGGCAUUUUCACGGCACUGCUGGAGCUGCUUAGCAUGGAGAUAGAUAACAACCAGGCAUGCAGCAGUGCAGUGAGGAAGCCUGCCAUCUCUCUUGCAGACAGUACAGAGCUCAGAGUGCUACUGAGCAUCAUGUACCUGUUGGUGGAGACCAUUAGAGUUCAAAUGGAGGACGACAGACCCGAAUGGAGAGCAGCAAGAGAAGCCUUCAAGAAUGAGCUAGGUUCACCUCUGUACAACGGAGAGCCCUUUGCCCUGCUCCUCUUCACCAUGGUGACCAAAUUCUGCAGCAUGAAUGCCCCACACUUCCCCAUGAAGAAAGUACUCCUGCUGCUCUGGAAGACAAUACUUUUCACAUUGGGGGGUUUCGAGGAGCUCCAGGAGAUGAAGGUGCGGGGUCGGAAGCGUUUGAACCUGCCCCCGCUGCCGGAGGACAGCAUCAAGGUGGUCAGGGCCAUGAGAGCAGCUUCGCCCCCGGCCUCUGCCAUGGAGCUCAUUGAACAACAGCAGCAGCAGAAGAGAGGCCGCCGCAGCCGCAGGAGUGCCUUUGUUGAUAGCUUGGAAGGAGACAGUCCCUUUCCCAAGAAGCAGCCCCUGGUCAAGCAGGACAGCCUGGACACGUACAACGAGCGGGACCCCUUCAAGAACGACGAUGCCCGGGACGAGGAGGAGGACCCCGAGGACACAGACAGCGGCAUUGAGGGCGAGGUGGACCCCUUGGACCGCGAUGUCAUCAUCCAGCCCCCGCCUCCGCCGCCUCCCCUCAGACCCCCCACAGAAAGGGUCAACUUCCCCAAGGGCCUUCCCUGGGCCCCUAAAGUCAGGGAGAAAGACAUUGAGCACUUCCUUGAGACCAGUAGAAACAAGUUCAUCGGUUUUACUCUGGGAAAUGACACAGAUACCCUGGUGGGCUUGCCCAGACCCAUCCAUGAGAGCGUCAAGACUCUUAAACAGCACAAAUAUGUUUCCAUCGCUGAAGUCCAGAUCAAAAAGGAGGACGAUCUGCAGCAGUGUCCGAUGAUUCUGGGCGAGGAGGAGGUGGAGGAGACACCAACAGAGAUGCUGUACCUGGGCAUGCUUCCUAACCUCUCCCAGUACGUGAUUGCCCUCCUGAAGCUGCUGCUGGCUGCAGCUCCAACCUCCAAAGCCAAAACUGACUCCAUUAACAUCUUGGCUGAUGUUCUGCCUGAGGAGAUGCCUAUCACAGUCCUUCAGAGCAUGAAGCUGGGAAUUGACGUGAACCGCCAUAAGGAAAUCAUCGUCAAGGCCAUCUCUGCUCUGCUGCUGUUGCUGCUCAAACACUUCAAACUCAACCAUAUUUAUCAGUUUGAGAUCGUCUCCCAGCACCUGGUGUUUGCAAACUGUAUCCCACUCAUCCUCAAGUUCUUCAAUCAGAACAUCAUGUCCUAUAUCAGUGCCAAAAACAGUAUCUUUGUGCUGGACUUUCCUCACUGUGUGGUCCAUGAGAUGCCUGAGCUCACAGCUGACAGCCUGGAAGCAGGAGACAGCAACCAGUUUUGUUGGAGAAACCUGUUUUCUUGUAUUAAUCUGCUGAGAAUAUUAAACAAAUUGACCAAGUGGAAACACUCCAGGACAAUGAUGCUGGUGGUGUUCAAGUCUGCCCCCAUCCUGAAGAGAGCUCUGAAGGUGAAGCAGGCCAUGAUGCAGCUCUACGUCCUCAAGCUGCUUAAGAUCCAGACCAAGUACCUGGGCCGCCAGUGGAGGAAGAGCAACAUGAAGACCAUGUCAGCCAUCUACCAGAAGGUCCGCCACAGGCUCAAUGACGACUGGGCCUACGGAAAUGAUAUCGACGCACGUCCCUGGGACUUCCAGGCGGAGGAGUGCGCCCUGCGGGAGAGCAUCGAGAAGUUCAACAGCCGCCGCUACGACAAGAACAAGAACGGAGACUUUGCGCCGGUGGACAACUGCCUGCAGAGCGUGCUGGGUCAGCGCGUGGAGCUGCCUGAGGACUUCCACUACAGCUACGAGAUGUGGCUGGAGAGAGAGGUCUUCUCCCAGCCCAUCCAGUGGGAGGGGCUGCUGCAGAAUCCGUGAUGGAGGGGAGGGAGAGGGUUGGAGAGAGUGGGGGGAGAAUGUGGUGGUGGUCACAUACGAGCCUGGUGGAGUGGUUUAAGGGAGUCCGAGGAGAGGAGGUGGAAGGAAUGGGGGUUGUAGUUCACGUCAGUGAUGGAGGGAUGGGGGAGGGUGAAGAGAAAGAAGCUGGAGAUGGAGAAGCCACCUCCCAGGCUAUCUAGUGAUGGGAGAAGAUGGAAGAUGAAGGGUAAAAUGAAGCAAAUUUGUCGAACGAAUGGAGCUUCUUGCUGUGAGUUCGUCACAAAUAGAUGUCACAAACACACGCACACUUGACGUUAACAUGUGCCUAUGACUACUGUGAACCCACAUGGACGUGACAGGCAAGAACAGAGGUAGCAGUUAAUAAGAAACCGCUGUAGCAGGAGACUGUUUCGGCCAGUUAUACUGCCCCCCCAAAAAAAUAUCUUCACCACAUUGUCAAUUUAUAUGUCCCCUUUUUUAAAUGUUGGUGCUUUUUUGACUCCUUAGUAAUGUUUUCCUAUUUAUUUAUAUCAAUUGUGGUUAAACAUUUUCUGAUAUAUAUUUUUUUUCAAUUGAGAUGUAAAUGUACAUGAUUUCUAAUCAGUUAUUUUUUUUUUUUUUACACAAAGCCUACUGUAGUCAUCAGAUUGUAGUUUGUGGGUGAUGGAUUGAUGAAAGUUUUUCUUAUGUAUUUUCUAGGAAAAAAGGCCUUUUGGAAGCAAACCACAGGGUCAUUUUGAUAGUCCAAAUGUAGAAGUGGGACCUAUUUCUACUAAUGGCAUAAUGAUCUAGUAUAAUGUCACCAAAAAAAAAAGAAAUAUACCAGCUGUAAGUGUAUGUUUUUUUUGUUUGUGAACGUAAAAAGUACGUGUGUGCAGAAAGAAAAAAACAGCACAUGAAAAUAGGCAGAUGUGUGGAGGAUGGUUUGGUGUAAGAAACAAACUGGAUCUUCUGGAAGAAACUGUAUCCUAUUUGUUCUCUUUUAAAAAUAGAAACUUAACCUUGUAUAGAGUCCUUUCUAUUCCCGGUGUGUAAAACAUUGGCAUCGUUUGAAUUUCAAAUCCAGAAAUCACAGAACCAAAUCUGUAAUUACUGAUGCCAUCCAGGAUUUGUUCAUGUUAUAACAUAUCGAACCUAAAGCCUGUAAUGGCCCCAUAGAAAAGCUCAGGGAGGGGGCUGUGUGCAGCUCUUUAACAGAGGUGGGUUGGUUAACCAGCUGUACAUUUGACCAAAACAAAUCUCUAAGUCUUCACCCGUGAAUCAUUUUCUCUUUUAAAAUCUAAAAUACUGUUUAUAAAAACUUAAAGCACAAAUCUCACCUAUAUAGUUUCCGAGUGUGGAAUGGGCAGCCACUUCCCCAGAAGUUUUCUAUGGAACCGUCCUGGGCUAAUAGAACCUCAGCAAUGAUCAGAAUAAUUAACAAUUUUGACUCCCCCUCUUACUGUCUGACCAACAGCACAAUGUAAGCCACUGUCCUCCUUGGUGUUGGCCUUGGUGAGCACUUUGCCACCCUUGCUAGGAAGAACACAGCUGUCACACAAUGGUGCUGUUUUUCAUAUUCGUCUUCACUGUACCUGAUCCGUUCCUUCACGUUACUAACUACCUAAGCGGGGCUCCAGAGUUGAGAGCUCUGGAUUGUUUCCUGGAAAUGAAGCACAAGAAGAAGCACAGAAAACAAAAAAAAAGCAUGUUCACCUUUUUUUUUCAUAUCAUUCUCGCUGGGGUUUUGUUAUCUACAUGCCUCGAGGGGUCAAGCUAAGUCAUUUAUUAUUUCUGUAUAGAACAAUAAUUUUGACACUGAGUCUUGUGCUUCUCUGUGGAAAUGUGCAUGGCCAUUGUUUUGUUUUGAGUACCUGUUCACAUUUAAAUAUGGUAUUUGGAAUGGCUUUUUUUUGGUCUACUUCCAGCGCAUUUAGAAGUGUACUUUUUUCCUCUCAAUGUGUCAGUGUUCUGCAUUACAGUGGAGGUUUUUUCUUCUUCAGGAAGGCGAAAUCUUUAAAAAUAAUAUUGUAAACUUUAUAGAUUCUCAGGUUUAUGGAGAUAAUAUAUUGCAAAAGUUUCAAAGCUUCCUUGCCAUCAUCUAGCUCACUACCUGUAGUGGUGAAUACACAUUUAUCGUCAUGUUCAUAUAAGAAAAUAACACCUAAAGCACUUAACAUUGACUGCAUAGGCUGCACAUUUUCACCAAACACAAUAAUUCAUUGUGAGUUUGUAUUUAUGUCAGCGACAUUUCAAGUUCAGAUGUAUUUUUUGUAUUUUGUGCCAAAUUUGAGUGCCAUUAUUUCAUUGUUGUUGCCUUCAUGAUCAAAAUGUAUGUAUUUUCAUUGAAAUCACCACUCAAGGUUUGCAAUACAAAAAUGUUAUUUUCUACCUGAAAAAUGUACAAUCAAUGAAAAUACCGGUAGCUGUUUCAUGUAUCUGGUACAGUAUUUUACCAGAAGUGUUUAGCAUUGUAUGGGUGUUCUAACGGUAUAUAUGUUUGUUACACAUAUUUCCAUAUCUGUAUAGUCUAGAUAAAUACUCAUUACUGAAUUUAUUCAGAGGUAUGUGCAAUUACAGAUCCAUAAAGGCAUUAUUCAAUAGAAUGACAAAGUACAAUAUCAGAGUUGCUUAUUAAACAAUGUUGAACAGUU